GCAUCUUCGCGAGGUAGGUAUACUCUUUUACGAGGUCAAUACGAUACAACAGCUACACACAUUUACACACGUUCACGGGAUGUUAUCGGCAUCUUCGCGAGGUAGGUAUACUCUUUUACGAGGUCAAUACGAUACAACAGCUACACAAAUUUACACACGUUCGCGGGAUGUUACCGACAUCUUCGCGAGGUAGGUAUACUCUUUUACGAGCUCGUUCCGACACCAGCACGAGCUCAAUACGCUCCGCUAACGUCACGUACCUAGCAGGACAAAAGACGCAACUACCCUCAAGUGGUCACGUGAGGUGCGGGAUUUUCCCGCGCUGGUAAGCUGAGUAUCUUUCGAUCAUAAAAUAAGAGAUGUGCUUCAAGCCGAGCUUUGAGAUUAUGGUAUUAUGAUUAUUAGGAUUAUGGAAAAUUCUUCGCUUAUAGGCAAGGGAACAAAACUAACAGAAUUCUUCCAGCAGCACAAUGCCCGCAGUACCUUUGACCAGCAGUUGCAUGGAGCAAGUGGUGACGAUGCGACAUCACUGAUAUUUCCCGCGCUUGGUGCUCUUUUUAUGCUUCUCUUUGGCGGGCUUCUUCUCACUUCCGCUUCCGCUUGCUGCAAAUCCUUCUCUAGCAACAGCACAGGCAGCCAAUCAAGAAACGAGAAACACAAACAAGGUGGUAUAGAUUUCUCAGCAUUUCUCGAGGAAAAAGCUCAUCCCCAGGUCUCCUCGGUCCUCCAACAGGAAAACAAUGACGUCGUGGAUGCCGUGAAAAAAUCCUACUGUGAACUCCCGCAAUAUGCACCACUCAGCGGGGUUAUGGGAAAUGUCCCGGGCAUGCGCGCAGAGGCGUACUCUAUAUAUGGUCAUGUGCAGUCAAAGACAUCAGACAAGGGACUGAGUCCCAUUCACGAGGUUACUGAAGAAAGCGACAAAAAUAUUGAGGGCGCCGAAAGCAAAAAAAAUAGAAACAGCAAUUGCCAGUCAGAAACAAGAAAAAGCGAUGGAAUUCAAAACGGUAAUGACGUAGAAGGCAUCAGCAAAUUAGAAAAGCAAAGCGAUGUUGUGUCGUCAAGUAGCGUCUCAAUAAGUUGUGACCAAGACGAGUUGUAUUGUUAUUCGCAUAAAAGACAUGAGAGCCCAGAUUCGAGGGUCAGCGUUUGCUUAUCUAAUCACAUGCGCAGUGAUUCAAAACGUGCUGAGAAUCUUAGCCAUGCGGAAGGAAGGCUGAGUGUGCUGAAAAACGAGCGCGCGCCAAGCGACCUUUACCGCACUGCGCAGGAUUGUUCUCUUAAACAAAGUAAUGAUACGAAUACUCACGCCAGUACUACUGAUGGAUUUCGCCAACUGGAUAAUACCGCAAGAAAUACACCGGGGCUCCAAGUAUCAAAUCAAAGUGAUACCACUUAUAAUGACGCCAUCGACAAUGAUAUCAUUGAAAGUCCUUUAGGACGCUUUACGAUCGAGAAAUGGCUUGCUGACGUCAUAGAUAGAGACACCAGUAGACAGGAGGAACCGUCGUAUGACUGGAAGAGGAAGCGGAAACUAAGCAAAGAUGAACAGCGAGAGAUUUUAAGGCGACUGCAGCCUGGAAUACAAGUCAAGGAUUCAAGUGAGGGAAAGAGGAAGGGGCACAAACCGUUCGUUACUGGAGAGAUUGUAAACAGAGAAAGCAAUGUUCUGAAAGGCGGGAGAUUAAGUCGGUUGCGUGUCGUCUGUGCUCCCUCGGAGAUGUGUAUUCACGGGACGGCAUGCUGCGAGCGGAAUAUUCACGGGACGGCAUGCUGCGAGCGGGAUAUUCACGGGACGGCAUGCUGCGAGCGGGAUAUUCACGGGACGGCAUGCUGCGAGCGGGAUAUUCACGGGACGGCAUGCUGCGAGCGGGAUAUUCACGGGACGGCAUGCUGCGAGCGGGAUAUUCACGGGACGGCAUGCUGCGAGCGGGAUAUUCACGGGACGGCAUGCUGCGAGCGGGAUAUUCACGGGACGGCAUGCUGCGAGCAUUGCAGCGAACACCACCAAACAUCAAUUAAACACGAAGAACAAGGUUUUUUCUCAGGAAAGAGUCAAAAGCACGUGCGCGUGAAAAAUAUCACGGAAUCAAAGCCAAGAAACACAGAUGUUGUGCGAGGCGCAAGUGCGUUUGCAGACUCAACGGCAGAAAUGUCUAAUUCCCACGGGCAGCAGGAUAGUAUUCGUGGCGCAAGCGCCUUUGCUGGUUGGAAUGCUGGUUUACACGCGCCCGACUUAGCUGGUAAAUCGUUUACACUUGGCGAUAACAAAGCUAUCACUCGAGGCGCCAGCGCUUUCUCCUGUUCAUCGUCAGUGGGAGAUGCGGCUGAUGUACGCGGCGCAAGUGCAUUUGCUGGAAAAGACUACAAAAAAAGUUUCCACGCUUCUAGCGCUGACAUGGUGGGGCAUGACAUAAAAGGAGGUGCGGAUAUCCGCGGUGCUAGUACAUUCGGCGAAAAGGAAAUCCCUCGGGGUGCGAGUGGAUUUGAAUCCCCAUCUGAAGAUAACACAAGUUGUGAGAAGUCCAGAAAUUCUAUUAGGAGCAUUUCGACAUUGCAACGUAAAUUAUUGCCGAGGGGGGAGAACAGCUUACGUUCAAGACCGGAGCUUGUAAGCUUGUCAGCCGCUGGUAUCCCUAGUACUGAUGCAAUCAUAGAUACAGUAAAUGGUGCAGAGAGAAAAGCGGGCUUGCCUAUGAGAAAUGCAGAUAAACACCAGUCACGAAAAGAACUUACAGAUGCUGAGCGGAGAGGAUUCAAGAUGCAGGGGUUUCAUUCCGAGCGCGCUUCCAGUAAAGCAGAAAAUAACGCGCCAAAUUGGAUACCAGAUGCGAGCUACCCAGAGAGCAUUGCGAGCAAUCAUCGGAGCUCUAAAGAGCAAUCCAAUCACGGCCAAUCAAAAAGAAAAUUACGCGAUUUCAUGCCUGACGAUAAGCAUCUUGGGAAACCUGAAGCCCAUUCCACACGCGAAUCAAAUCGACUGUUUGACUGCGCACAGAGCUUAACACGCCGGCCAGGGCAUCAUGGGUACCCAGACGAAACCGCGGCACGUCUGACUGGUGUGGGAGAGGCACUCACGUACCCAGAAAUCAUUGCGAGAGGAGAAGAAGAGGGUGAGUUUGCAUGCCCAGAAGACACUACAAGCUUAGUGGGUACUUCGAGCGUGUCACUUAGCCUCGCUGUCAUGUCUGAUCAAGGGGAACCUAUGGAUGAAUUCAUGCGGGGGACUGGCCCGAGGGAUGUACAUAGAUUAAUACAGAAAGAGUCUGGGGACCGGUGUAAGUCUGCAAACGAGGCCCUUACGGUUAAGCGUAGAAUUCAAGAAAAUAAUGUAAGCAUAGCAAGCUGUGCGGGUCAUAACGAGGCUACAAACCACAAACUUAAACGGCAUCAAAGCUGUGAGGAGCUCAGACGAAAUAAUGAGAAGAACGUUGAUAUAAAGCAGUUGAAAAGAUUCUUUUCACAUGUAAAAUCAACUACGAAAAUAAGGAAUGAUGACAACGAAAGUCAGAGGAUGCGAACUGGUUCACAUGGGGUAGAGAACAUUGAAAAAAAGCCAGAUUCAGCAAGACAUCAAUGCGCAUCGUUACAAAUGUUGAAUAACAAAGGAAUUUGCGAUGAUCCGCGGAGAAGUAGCACCCCAAAAUGUCUUCUACAAGAGAGCGACGAGAGACGAACAUUAAGUAGAAACAGCAUUGAACCAAUAGCAAGCCUUAAAAAGGACCCAAGCAUUGAGCCAAUAGCAAGCCUGCGAAAGAACCACAGCAUUGAGCCAAUAGCAAGCCGGGGAAAGAACCACAGCAUUGAGCCAAUAGCAAGCCUGGGAAAGAACCACAGCAUUGAGCCAAUAGCAAGCCUGGGAAAGAACCCCAGCAUUGAGGCAAUAGCAAGCCGGGGAAAGAACCACAGCAUUGAGCCAAUAGCAAGCCGGGGAAAGAACCCAUCAGCUCUGUCGGGGCUUCUAAAAGCUUUGAAACGCGAUAAGCAAUCGAGAAGCAGCCUGUCUCAAAAGCAAACGGGAAAUAUUUCAAAUAUUGAGGAAUCGUUUCUAAGUUACAAUGGUGAGGCCAUGGGGAAGUUAGAUUUCUGCUUGUUUUAUGACAGAAUGAAUUGUCGCAACCCCACGUUAUAUGUCACUGUUCUCCAAGCUACAAAUUUGUCACUUGACUUUGAGAGCGCUUCAAGCAUCCACAUUGAAACAUGCAUAGAAAGUGAAAACCCACAAUGGAAGAAAACAAAGACAGUACGUUCAGGAGAAAACAGUGUUUUCAAUGAUUUGAUUGUCAUUUCGGGUCUAAAGCAAAGCGAGUUAUCGAAUGCAAUAUUGCAGUUUUUGCUGGUCAGCGAUAAUAUACAAAGAGCAUGCGCAAACGCCAGCAUUUCAUUGGCUCCUCUCAAAUCACGUGAUAAAUUGAAGCAAACAUGCUCACUUCAAAGGACUCUCGUAGAAGACGAUGACACGUUGGAAGGCAGGGGAAGACACGAUCAACAAACUCAAGUUCCUGUAGGAGCCCUCUACCUCGGCCUCAAGUACAGCUCUUUGGAAGAGCAACUGCUGGUUCAAAUUCUCAAAGCUCGCGGGUUACCGGCAAUGACCAAGACUGGAGAAACAGAUCCGUUUAUUUUGCUGACCGUGAAGGAUCCUGGAAGUGUAGUUGCUGAAAGACGCACUUCCGUCCAGCGGUCUCAGCGGAACCCGGUAUUUGACUCAAAACACGUGAUUGACAUUCAAAUCACACGAAUGCCGCUGGCGACACUUGAGCUUUUAGUAAUACACAAAGGCAUCGCUAAGAAUAGAUCAAUCGGAAAUGUGAGAAUUGGAAUGGAUGCUGGAAAGGACGGAAUGGAUCACUGGAAUGAGAUACUUUGCAAUCCUGAUGAUAUUGUCCAUAAAUGGCACCAGAUAUACAAGUAAAGAGGAGUGUGAUUUUAUUCAUUUAUUCUCUACAAGAAAUUGUGAAUAUACAAAGUGCUUAUUGUAAUUCUCAUAAGUAAUAUACUAGUCAAAGCGU